AUUGAGAAUUCCUUUAUUUUGAAGUUUGUUAAAAUUAUUUACUUUUUACUUUUGGACAAUUAUUAUUAUGAACAUGAAGUCAGUUCCAAAUUGAAAUUGUUUACAGAAAGCAAGUUUGUUUACAAUUAUAUAGUUAUAAAAUACUAAUAGCAUUAUAAUAAAUAUGUUUAAAUAUUGACAUGCUAACAAUACAAAACCCGUUACAAAUGCAAUAUGAGGUCUUCUGUUUUCAAUUGAAGUCGCUUAGAAAUUACGUAUUUUCAAUUUACCGUCAGUUUGCGUGGACUGACCAGAGAUUGAUAUAAAACCAAUAAAUUAAUUGGACCAUCGAUUUAUUCAAUAAAAUAUCAAUGAUUUAUCGCCGUAGAUCUUCAUUUUCAAUCAUUUAAUAACGCAUUUGUCUUUUCAGAAGCCCAGACAGGCUUGAUUUAUCUUACGUAUCCAUGUUCUUGUACACAUGUAUUCAAUUUAAACACCCAGUCCUACUUUCAACCUUAUAAACUUGAAUUUAAGGGUUUCUUACAUGUUGCAGGGGCUAUCGUUUUGAAUGUAAUGUAAUGGGUCAAUGCCAAGAAAUAAUGAUAAAGUAUUAUGUGUUUUACUCCUGUGUGAUAGUACCUAAUGAUGAUACGUCGUGAAAAAUAUAUUUUAUUUUGUUUUGUUCAUUUUGUGUUAUAUUUAAGGAACGUAGUUUUUAUAAUUUUAUAUUUCGUAUGUAUACUUUAUAUUAUAAGAUUGUUGCCUAAAGUUUAAAGUACUCCAGUUUCAACUCACUUAAGCGAUCGUACGAUCGCACUCAGCUAGUGUCAAAUGGGUCAAUGAACAGACGCACAUCAAUUUGAGAGCAAAAAAUGUAAUCGAUACAAUGAUAAUGCGGUCUCUCGCUAAUUGUCAACUUAUCAAAUGAGGCCUGCAGAGGAAAACAGUGCAAAAUGACGAUUUUUUUAAGCGGUCAUUUCAUGAGGCGUCACGCGAAUCGACCUGGUUGUUCACGAGUCGAAACAGGUAAAGGAACCGUUUCCGCCGCUGUCGCGUGGUUCCUGGACCGCGCCAAAUGGGUCAUAAAAAUUGAGUUUCCGCGAGACGGUGACCCAGCAGACAAUAGGCGAAUACCGCAUUGUCUAUUGUCGACGCCUUCAGACUGGCCGCAAUGAAUGGGACAAGUUCACAUCGAGCGACCCACGACGCGCCCGACGAGGACGGAGAUUGAGGAGCGGCGAACGAGCGAAAGGGACACAUUCCGCACGGCGGACACUCACUCGCCGCACGGUUCGGUUUUGUUGUGAGGAGCAGUCCAGUUGGUUCGCGAGCGGCGCACGAGUCGAACUGCUCUCGCGCGAUAACAGCUGCCCGGCUCGGUGACUCGCUGCGACGCGGAGCAUGCACGAGUCGCAUUACCGCAGGCGCCGCGCCUCGCCGCGCUCGCACCGAUAACAUCUGCAAAAUCUGAUAUUUAGGCCGGCGAUAUCGCGAUAGAGUUCGAUUUCGAGUUGCGCGACGGUCUGCCGGCGACGUGCGCGGCCAUGUGAGCGCUCCCCGCCCGACGGGAGCGACAACCGAACAAAAAAGCAGCCCGCUGAUGUCUACCCCUCCCGGACGAUACAAAAAAGGGAUAAAAACGUUAUUCCUGGAACGUACACAUGUGGACGCCGGGUGAUCGUGGUUGCUAGUGUUGAUUCUGCAGUACCGCCAUGAUGCCUCGAAGAAGUAGGUGGAUGCACAUGGUGACUGGGCUCGUGGCCGGCGUCGUGUUCGGAGUGUUUCUCAAGCUGUGUUUGAGGACUUCCUCGCGGACGAGCAUAGAGGCUUGUCCGGAGUCGGCCCGCUCGUAUGCGGACCCGGAACCGCUAGCCUUAAUAGGUCUCAACCCGAACGAGACUGUUCAUAAUUCAAACAGAACUCUAGUGUUUGUCGGUGUGAUGACGGCCGAACAAUAUUUGACGACGAGAGCGAGGGCAGUGUACGACACCUGGGCCCAGGACCUGCCGGGGCGUAUCGCGUUUUUCAGUUCAGAAGUGUCUCGGGCCCCGGGUUUGCCCCUCGUGCCGCUGCGCAACGUAGACGACAGUUAUCCUCCUCAGAAAAAAUCUUUCCUCAUGUUGUUGCACAUGUACGAAAAGUAUGGGGAGAAAUUCGAGUGGUUCAUGAGAGCGGACGAUGAUGUAUACGUAAGAGGUGAUAAAUUAGAGGAAUUCCUGCGUUCGGUGGACAGCCGCAAGCCUCAGUUCAUAGGGCAAGCUGGUAGGGGAACCAACGAUGAAAAAGAUGUGCUAGCUUUGGACUAUAAUGAGAACUUCUGUAUGGGUGGUCCUGGUGUACUGAUUUCUCGUGAGACCCUGCGGAGAGUGGCCCCUCACGUGAAGUACUGCUUGAAGCACCUGUACUCCACUCACGAGGACGUGGAGCUGGGUCGCUGUGUCGCCAAGUUUGCCGGUGUAUCCUGUACUUGGAGUUAUGAUAUGCAAACGAUUCUCCAUCACAAUGGCAGCGGCGAGGCUGCCUACACCGGUCGGUUGAAAGCCAGAGAGGUGCACCGAGCCAUCACCUUGCAUCCGGUGAAAGACCAUCGCCAGAUGUACAGAAUACAUUCAUAUUUCAAGAACUUUCGUAUCCAAGAACUUCGCGAACGUUCCCUGGAUCUCCACCGGGACAUCUCCUCGGCGCUUCGGGAGCUCUCUAUUCCCCGGGACGAGGUCGAUGACUUUGUCUUACCCGGAGACGUCCCGCUGUUCCCGGCCAAGAUUGGGGAGCCAGGAUACUUGGGGGAUAAUAAAAUAUUAGGUGCCCCGAUAGACAUGAAUCGGUACAAGCCCUCCAAUCUAGACGAUAUCGUCAUAUUCGACUUCAUCAGCAAGAGCCUGUACUCCGCCUACCACUCAAACCCGAAAAGACGAGUGGAGCUACCCCUGAAAGAAGCUAUGGAUGAUGUUAUCAGAGAAGUUAUGGAGAUUAUUAAUGCACCGUCUCGUCAACGAGGACGUGUGAUUGACUUCAACGAGCUUCUGUACGGAUACACCAGGCUCCAGCCGGUGCACGGGGCCGAUCACAUCUUGGAUCUGCUGUUGAAGUACAGGAGAUACAGAGGAAGGAAAAUGACAGCGGCAGUUAGACGACAUGCUUAUUUGCAGCAGUCAUUUACAGGUAUGGAGAUAAGAGAGUUACCAAUGGGAGAUCCGCCUCCAUUUGAAGAUCCAGCCAUACUAGAAAAGACUGAGAAUGGAUUAUAUCCGAACGACUACGAGGACUUUGACGAGUCCAGUGCUCAACAGAGCAGCUUUUUGGACUUCGGUAAAUUAAAAGUCAAGGAAGCUCUCGAAACUGGUCUUCAGAAGAUCCAGAACAACUUACCCAAGGUGUUGAAGUGGAAUAGUGAUGAUUCUGAAGAGUACCCGGUGUAUGACAGAAAAAUACACUUCGUUCUGCCCCUAUCUGGUAGACAAGAGACAUUCGGUAGAUUCAUGAAGAACUACGAAGAUAUAGUUUUAAAAAGCAGUCAAGCUGCCUCUCUAAUUGUCGUAGCUUAUUUAGAUAGCAAACAUCCAUUGGAUUAUAGAAACACAGAGUUACUAAUUAAUUAUUAUAUCGAGAUGUACGGGAAAGACAUCCAAAUAGUUAAAAUGGGGUCGAAUAUGUUUUCACGGGGAGCCGCCUUGACCGAGGGACUCAAGCUCUGCGAUAGCGACGACCUUGUCUUCUUCAUUGACGUGGACAUGAUGUUCAACCACGAGAGCCUUCGUCGAAUAAGAAUCAACACAAUAAAAUAUAACCAAGUUUAUUUCCCAAUAGUGUUUAGUGAGUACAAUCCAGAUGUAGUGAACGGUGAUGAUUAUAAUAAAGUUAAAGGCGAAACUCUGUUUGUGGACACUGAAUUGGAGAAGUUUAUUGAUGACGAAGAAACAGUGAGAACGGACAGAGAAUUGGCGAAUUUGAAGUACAGCCGGGAAAUAACUGAUGAUACGGGCUAUUUCAGGCAGUACGGUUUUGGUAUUUUAGCUAUUUAUAAACGUGACUUCGAACGGAUAGGGGGAUUCGAUUUGAACAUUAAGGGUUGGGGUCUAGAAGACGUGCAGCUGUUUGAAACGCUAAUUAAAUCAAAUUUAACGGUAUACAGGAUAGCUGACGAGACUCUAGUCCAUAUAUUCCAUUCGGUUGACUGUGAUAAAAAUUUAGAGAAGAGCCAGUUCAAGAUGUGUCUGGGAACGAAGGCAUCGACUUACGGCAGUGAAAAGCACAUGGCGUAUUAUAUGCUAAACCACCCUGAUGUCCUGUGGCCGCCACAAGAUAAACCGGAAGCGGAAGCGGAAGUGGUGGAAGAGAAACCUAAGGAAAAGAACGAGAAAGGUGCCAGGUAGUACAGGGUCGCUUAGGUUAGGUGCAGUCAAACUUAGGUAUUUAUAAUAGUUUUGAGGGGACUCUUUGUGUGCUAUAUAAAUGGGAUCCUAGUUUACUAGCAAAUCGGAUACCACAUCAUACGUAAGCUAGUUAGACAGGUAUGCCAUUCAAAACUCAAAACAAAACAAGCAAUUAUGUAAUCAAAAUCGUUUUUCAGUUGAAAUAAUAGCCGUAGCAGAGGCCAUAAACUUUCACGUUGACUUUUUGAUAAUUGGAUUUCUAAAUACAUCAAAGUUACAACUAUUAUUUCGUCAGGAAUUCUGGACCUUUAUAUAACUAUGUAUCUUUAAGUAUAGUGCUGUUAGAGUUACUGUAAAAUAUCCUAAUUCAUAAUGACUCGCUAGGAAUUUAUUUCUCUAUAAAUAUUUACUAAGUCACAGCGUCAAUUAAUUGUUAUUCAUGUGCCUUAUUCUAUGACAGCUGUUUUUUUUUCUUCAUGAAAUGCAAAUUUGUAAUAUGUUUUGGUUAUUUCUGGAAUUCACGAAUGUAAGUUUUGUUUAUGAGGGCUUCUUUUUGUAAUAUAGACAUCAAAACGAAUUUUGACAAAUCCUGUGAACUUUUUAUAAAUUCGGUUUUACAAGUAGACCUCUGAGUUUGGAGAAAAUAACUGAAUGAGCUAAUUUAAUUCACUUUGAAAAUUAUGUUAAAAACUUUUGGAAUUUUAUUACGUUUUUAAUAUAAUCUGUUAUGUCGUAGAGGGAAGGGGGUGACAAGACUCACCUCACACGUUCGAUGGUAUAGAAUUAUUUUAAAAAAAACAUAUUUCUAAAAAAAUCUAGCAAAAUUCGUGAAACAAAAUGCUUUAUCUAGUAAAACCAAUUUCUAAUUUUUUAUCACUCCUAUUUAUUUAUUAUAUUUUUUUAUUACCGGUGGAUACGUUUAUUCGAACUCCUUUCAAUACGAGACCGGUGGGACUUCCUGAAUUAAUAAAAUCAAAUUUCAAUGGAAUCUUAAAAUUUUUCAUCCUGUUCUUUCUGAAAUUUUAACUCGCUUUGAAACACACAAAUAUAACUUUUAUGGCCUUAUUAAUGAACGUCUCGUUACUGUUUAUUUUGAAGUUUCAAUUGUGUUGUAUAAGAAUUAAAUUAAAGUAAAUAAAAACGGAUAUUUUUUCCUCCAACGGGCGCUUUGCCCCCUGUGCUGUUGACACGCCUCCGCCCGGCGUCUCCGCAGUCCUAGCUUACAACGAAUCAUGUGUUCUUCGAUGUUUCGUGAAGGCGUCAAUAUAAAAACAGUCCGGUCAAACGUUCAAGUUUGUUCAUUAGGCUGUUUGAAUUCGACAAGACGCGAAUUUUCCAAUACAUCCCCAGCUGGUUGGUCACGGAUAUUGUCCGCUCCGCUUGUUGUGUAAAAUAUACUUCACAUGUAAAUAUGAUCAGUUGUUUACAGUUAAAAUGUAUAUAUAAGUGACGGGUUCGUAAUUAUCUUUUUAUAUGCUUUUGUAUAGAAACAUAAAUUUAAAGCUAUUUCAAAUCAGCAAGGCGAUUUAUAUAAAUGCUUAGGAAAUAUUGAAGGCCGAAGCUAUGCCUGUUGAAAAUUAGCACUGUUGAUAUUCUUAUGACGCCCUUCAUGCGGCCAAUGAUCGGAGGCGCUGGCGGGACAUCACAAGGAGUAAAAUCAUGUCGAAUUAUAAUGGUCACGACCCUCAGCAGUGAGGAAACGACGCGAGGAGGAGGAUAUUCUUAUGAUACACGAUGACUAAUUCGAUCAUGCUCGACGAAGUCAAUAAACAAUGUAUCUUUCCAGCUCAUCAGUUAUGAUGUGAUUUAUUUUGUUUGAUAUAAAAAUUGGAGAUUUGAUUUUUGUAAUUCUCAUGUAAGAGUACUGACUAAUCGUUUGGAAUACGGCCAUGAACGCUCUGCCCGGAAAAGUUCCACUUAAACAAUUUAUAGACAAUGCUAUGCGACCUCAUUACGAGAGAAAAACUAUAGAUCAAGCCCGAAAAUUUAUCGAAUUCGUAAUGUAAAUGUAUCGAGUUCUCGAUACGGAAACUACUUUUCCUCUCAGGCUUUCCGACUCUCAUGUAUUAGUCGUCGCUGUGAUGAAUAACAGUAGCGGGAGAGAGUGCUACAUUUUUGCAUAAUAUAGGUCUUUUACAGGGAAUGUUUUAAUGAAGUCUAACCGAAAGCGAAGAUGUAACUAAAAAUCAUGUUUCAAAAUUAAUGUUUCAUUAAUUUUUACGUCACACUGCGUUGAAAAUGAACAGACAAGAAUUUGCGCUCAGUGUGCUUAGUGCGAGUUUUUUAACGUUCUCGAUAGCGUAAAAGUUAACCCAAUUUUGUAUGCAGUUGGAACAGCGCCCCUAGCGGCAAACGUACGCAAACGAUCCCAUUCCAUACAGAUUAUAUGAGCUAACUUCUACGCUAUCGAGCACGUUAAAAAACUCUCACUAUGCACACUGAUCUCUGAAGGUAGCGCGAGAUCCUGUAAUACGAAGCUACUAAAACGUCAAGUAUGAUUUCAAGUCAAGCCAAGUAUGUUCUGUUAAGGCUUCCAGUCAUUCCUGAUCCGGGAACGGUCAUUCGCAUCAUCUAUUUUCAUAUCCGUCUAAUUGUGAUGUUCUAUCCAAUAAAUUCAUUAUUCCUUUCUCGGUCGCGUUAGCAAUUGAUGUAAGGUUUCUGAUAGUACACAAUCGAAAAUCAAAUUUGUGUUAUGAUAGAUACGGUUUUAAAUGUCUGUCUCUGGUGCAUCGUUCUUUUGAUCUCUUCUACACAUAAUAAUUUAAUAAUUUUCUUUAAAAGCUGCGAUUCGUCGAUAUUGUCAGUCGAAUAUAGAUUUUAUCGUAUUUGAAUGCGAGUUCAAUUUACAAUGAAGCUGUAAAUCGAACUACGUUCAAGUAAAAGCAUUUAUAAAUAUAGAUAGAAUAAUUUUACAUUUUCUGUACAUUGUUAUUUUGUUCCUAAUUAGUGAAAACAAAUUUUCUUAAUUUUAUGUAGAUUUAUCGAAAAUAGGUUUUGCACUUGUCUUUUGAAUUUGAUUUUAAUUUAUUCCAAAUGUUAAUUGCAUUAAAACGUGUAUAGGUAUUUUAUAACAAGUGCAAAAUUAAUGAAAAAAUUGUGGUAAAACGAUUGUGUUGAUAAAACAUUGUUUUGUUACAAUUUUGUUUGUAGUGUAAGUAAAUAAAUAAAUUAAUUGUUUUUUUUUUUAAUUGUAAACAUAAAUUAAACACAUAUGCAUAUCGAAUAUGCCUUAAAAUUAUUUUCAACAACUCACAUUCUGGUUGUGAAUUCUGAAGGUAAGAAAAUUAAAAAAAAAAACUUAAGGCGAUAUUACUUAUACUUACUUAAGGUAUUUUAAUUAAAUUACAAAUUACAAUAUGCAGAUUAAAUUAUAAUAAGAUAAAACAAUUUUACAGAACAUUUAUCACGAAAGUGCUCACUAAGUGCCAAUCGUUUAGUAUUAAGUAGUGAAGAAGCAUUUUUAUUCAUUUACGUCGACCAGUUUCGGAGGUUGAAUUCCAUAAAUAUUGUCAGAAUUGGCAGAAUGAUAGAACUGCCUAUCUAUAUAUUAAUACGUGAAGCAAAAACUUUGUAUCCCUUUUUACGAAAAUUGCGCGGACGCAGGAGUAUGAAAUUUUCCACACUUAUAGAGAAUAUAGAGAAGAAGUGCACAAUGCUAAUAUUUUUUUAAAAUAAUGCAUAAAAGAUACAUUAAAUCAAUAAAGAAAACAUUACAUACACUACAUACCAUGUAUUUGACGCACACACGCAUGCAUACUAUUUAUUGUCAAACUUUUGUUCUUGACGUCUGUUGUCAAAUUGAGAAUAGAUUAAAUAUUGUUUGUCUUUGUUAAUAUUUUUAUAGUGUAGUCUUGGCGAAAUUUGUGAGUAUAGAAGUAUAAAAUACAAUCAUAAUAGUGUACAAACUUACAAUUCCAAUUAAUUAUAGUCGAAUUUCGACUACUGCGGGACCUCUAGUAUAAGUUAAAGUUUGUCGCAGUUCACAAUUGAUGUACAUGUUACCGCCAAUAUAACGUUUCAAUUGAAGUGUUCUAUGUGUUGAGGUGAAGCAACAAUUUGAGAUAAAUCUUAGAGCCUAUAGUAGAAUUAUUUUGUCCAUGCAGUUUGGGUCAUAAAAAGUCAGAGCGGUGAAGCGAGUAUUUCGUUCUCUCUUCCACUCACGAGCCUUAUGGACGGGCAUAGUGAUGCGCAUUAUUGUUGUCGAUAAGUGUUAUCGAUAGUGUAUUUAGUUUUGUCAUUUUGUGUGUUAGUGAUAAAAAUGAAAGAAAAAAUCACUAAUCGAACACUUACACCACGUAUCGCCGCAGCAAGUUAACGAGAACGGCAGAAAUUAACACUUUGUAACUUUUCGGGAUUUAUUCUUAUUUCAGUGAAAAUUUUUAAUACAUUGUUCAUAACAACACUUGCAAAUAUUAUUUUGAAUAAAUUCUGUCGUUUUGAUACAAAACAAAGGAGUAGCCAUUGUGUCACUAAAGAAAUUCAGAGAACGAAUGCAUAAAAACACAUUUCUCUUCGACAUAAUGUACUAUAAUUUGCAGGUAAGUACAAAUGACUCAUAAUAUAACAAUGUCUCACCACCCUUCGUAUACCACCCCGCCGCCGUGUACCUGCAUUCGAUGACUCAUUUGUUUUUAUCGAUAAUGGCGUUGCGCUCGCGACAUGCUCACCGCCCCAGCCGGGCUAUGUUUUAUGACCCAAACUGCACGGAUAAAAUAACGCUACUAUAGUUAAUAAGUUCGGUGCGUAACGUGCGUAUUUUUUAAAAGACUUACUUAUCUACGCCGUCAAUACAAAUGUACAAUAUGUUAACUAUUUAAUAUUAAAUUUCCUUCGAAACUUGUCGACUCGAAAAUGUUGAUGUUAUUUUGAAUAUUUUCAGUUUCGUUUUAAUUAAAUUCAUGUGUUAUCGUCUGUAUUAGAGAAAUGUGAUUUUUUUUUUUUGGUAAUUCGAUCCAAGUAAUUGAAAUUAUUAUGAAAAUAAAUAUAUUUUUGUGCAUAA